ACUCCUCGUCGUCAUUAGUUUUCAUUUGUACAGUUAUAUAUCUCAAAAACCAUUCUACACCAAAAAUCCUACGUAGUUUCUUUUCUUUUUUCUUUUCUCAGAAAGAAAAAUUCUACGUAGCUUCGUAUAUAGUCUUUUUUCUGAGUUAGUUUAGAUGGGGCUAAGUUUAAAAUUAACUGCCAUUUUAUUGGCAUUGUUUGCCAUAUCUAAUCAUGUACAUGCUACUUUCGAUUACAAAGAUGCAUUAACAAAAUCUCUUAUAUUCUUGGAAGCUCAAAGAUCAGGUAAGCUUCCUGCUAACAACAGGGUUAAAUGGAGGGGUGAUUCUGCUCUUGAUGAUGGUAAAGAGGUCAAUUUGGAUCUUACGGGAGGAUACUAUGACGCUGGAGAUAAUGUGAAGUAUGGACUUCCUAUGGCGUUUACCGUUACCACGCUUGCAUGGAGUGCAAUGUUUUACCAUGCAGAGUUACAAGAGACCGGUGAAUUGCAACAUGUUCAUGAAGCUAUCAGAUGGGGAACAGAUUACUUCCUCAAGUGUGCAUCUAAAAAAGGUCGUUUGUAUGUCCAGGUGGGAGACCCCAACGCAGACCAUCAAUGUUGGGUUCGACCAGAGAACAUGAAGACACCAAGAACUGUUUUGAAGAUCGACCAAGGCCAACCUGGAUCAGAGAUAGCUGCUGAGACUGCUGCAGCAAUGGCCGCUUCUUCAAUUGUCUUCAGAGCCACAGACCGUGUCUAUGCUCGUCGUCUCCUUAACAAAGCCAAAACUUUGUUUAAGUUCGCUAAGGAACAUAAAGGUACCUAUGAUGGAGAAUGCCCAUUUUACUGCUCCUACUCGGGAUACAAUGACGAGUUGUUGUGGGCUGCAUCAUGGUUAUACAUUGCAACCAAGAAACCAAUUUACUUGAGCUAUAUCCAAGAAGAAGCCAUUACUGCAAAUGUUGCUGAGUUUAGUUGGGAUUUGAAAUAUGCCGGUGUUCAAAUUCUUCUAUCCAAAUUGUAUCUUGAGGGAGAAAAAACUCUAGAGACCUACAAGAAACAAGCUGACAACUUCAUUUGCUCAGCACUUCCUGAUAGUCCCUAUCACCAAAUUUAUACCACCCCAGGUGGUUUGGUUCAUCUUAGAGAUGGAGCUAACACACAAUAUGUCACGGGAGCUGCUUUCUUGUUUAGCGUAUAUGGCGACAUAAUUGCUCAACACAACCAAAAAGUUACCUGUGGAAACCAACAAUUCGACUCAGUACACCUUUUACAGUUCGCCAAGAAACAGAUGGAUUAUCUGCUUGGAAGCAACCCAAGACAAAGUUCAUACAUGGUAGGUUUCGGGAACAACCCACCACAACAAGCUCAUCAUAGAGGAGCAUCAGUACCUGUAAUGCCUGCUGGUACAGAAGUGAGUUGCCCCAUGAGUUUUACAAACUGGUUCUCAAAGGACCAACCAAACCCGAACGAGUUAACCGGUGCAAUUGUUGGUGGACCUGAUAAAUACGAUAAGUUUAUUGAUCAAAGGUUGCAAUCUCCCAUGGAAGAACCAUGUACUUAUGUCAACUCCUUGGCUGUUGGUCCCUUAGCUAAGCUUGCUACUCAUCACGUGUAAUUCUGAGAAAAGAAAAUAGCAAACAACCGACAAUAGAUCAAGUUGUUCUUCUCUUUUCUUCUUCUUCUUUCUCGAGUAUUAUUUCUUGUAAUGUAACAACUUUUAUUUCUUGUUGUACGAAGAAAAGAAAACAAAAUACUUACAUGUUUUGAUUAAUUAAACACGGAUUUAUGGAA